AUUUCAUUAUUUGAUUCUAUACAAAUUUCCCUUUAAAAUUUCUUGCAUAAAAUAACAAACUAUUUAUUUCUUAGAUUAGACCUUUUCCUUUAUAAACAUGAAAUUCUAUCCGAAUGCCGAUGUCUGGUUUUAUGUGGACAAGCCCGGCUGUUGGGGCAAGUAUCAGAAGUAUGCCCCACAUCACAGCUGGAAACUGCCAAUCAGACCCUUCACGCCAAAAGUAAUGUAUCAUUGGCGUGACCUUGAGGGCGUCAAAAUGGCGGAAAUAAAGCGCAAGGAUCUUUACUUUGAUAAGUGGCCCAAGUCGCGAAUUCGACCACAGGCCUGCCUGGGCAUGCUCUAUGCAACAGGACAUCGUUUCAUUAAGCUUAGCAUGGCGCCACCGGCUGGCUUCAAGUGUGCACCACUUCCCGUCAACUUGGUGACUGCCAAAUACGUUAAAUCUCAUUUACGCAAACUGAAAAAGCAGGCCAAACUGGCAAAGAAAAAAGAAAAGAAGGCUAAGAAAGAAGCUAAGAAAGCCGCGGACAAAUUAAAGAAUAGAGGAGCAAGGCGUGGAAGACAGUAAUCAAAAAUAUCAAUGUAAUCUGCUAAAAUUGGGAUAUUAUAUAAAACAAUAUUGCAAAAACUA